AUGAAACUCACCCCCCUCCUAAGCCUAGCCACACCCGCAUCCGCCGCCUCCUUCGCAAAUUGCAACGCCUCGCAGAGCGCCGCGCUGGAGAAGGCUAUCGCCCGCGCUACGGAGCAAGCCUACGCCGUCGUCGUCCACUUGGAAAAUGACCCCUCUGGCAGCGCGUUGCAGACGGCGUACUACGGGACGUUCGACACAGGACGGUACACUAAGAUCCUGACCGCCUUCCGCAAGAUGGCCCCGGAUUUAGAUGGUUUUACUACGCUUGUGCACGAAGCUACGCAUCUUAAGGAGCUGCUUGGGACGCAUGACUAUGGGUAUACGCCUGAGGUGUGCAAGCAGAUAGCCAGGGAAGAUCCGGUGGAGGCGGUGGAUAAUGCGGAGUAA